GCCAUUUGCAGCCUAGGCAGCCUCGCGAGCAGCCGCUGCGCGCGGGCCGGGAGGGAGGCGGCACCAUGGAGCUGAAGAAGGACAGCAACGCUGUGGCCAUCGACAUGCUGCUCAUCGUGCACUCCGAGAAGCGGCGCGCGGCGCAAGCCACGCACUUGGACCCGCAGGCGAACCCGGGCGCGCUGCUGCAAAACCGAGGAGGAUUCCAAGGUGUCAGAAACGGAAUCCGGAAGUGGCAAGAGUUGGAAGAAAACAGCUUUCAGGGAAACUUGCCAGAGAAGCAGUGCCUUCAGCAGCCGCAGGUCAUCACCUCCUACGACAACCAAGGUACUCAGCUGACUGUGGAAAUCCACCCCCAAGACGCCAUGCCCCAGCUGCUUAAGAAGUUCUCUUUGGCUAAACGUUUACAAGGUGAUAAAAAUGGAAACAUGAGACCCCGGCAGCCUGGAGGGAAAGAUGCCCACGCCUACCCCUGGGACAGAUCCAGUUUGAAAUCCAUGCCCCUGGACCUCCGGCUCUUUGAAAAACUGGAUGCCUCUGCCUCACAGGUGACAGUCAAGAGUGGCCUGAAUGAGCUGGUGAGUGACUUGCUCCAGGAAGCCCACAGCGAUCUGGAAAGGGUCAGAGCCAUCUGGAUCUGGAUCUGCCACCAUAUAGAGUACGACGUUGAGGCUGCCCAGGAGAAGGACCGCCAGGCCUUCAAACCCACUGACAUCCUGAGGACCCAGAAGACCAACUGUGAUGGUUACGCCGGCCUCUUUGAAAGGAUGUGCAGGGUUGCUGGUGUGCAGUGUGUCACCGUGCCUGGCUACUCCAAGGGCUUUGGCUACCAGACCGGCCAAAGCUUCUCCGGAGAGUUCGACCACGCCUGGAACGCUGUGUACCUUGAGGGUCGUUGGCACCUGGUGGACAGCACCUGGGGCAGCGGCCUGGUGGACACCACCACCUCCAAAUUCACCUUCCUCUACAAUGAAUUCUACUUCCUCACCCACCCCGCCCUGUUCAUCGAGGAUCACUUCCCAGACAACAAAAACUGGCAGCUGCUGAAGCCGCCCCAGUCUCUGAGGCAGUUUGAGAACAGCAUGUACCACAAGAGUGAAUUCUACAACAAGGGCAUGCUGAGCGCCCACCCGGAGACGUCCAUGAUCAGAACAGUCAAUGGGAAAGCCACAAUCACCAUCGAGAGCCGGGCCCCAACACUGUUCAUGUUCAUGCUCAAUGGCAAGCAGGAGCACGGGCUCCUGAGCCUCAGGAAGAACGGGAUGAAGCUGGAGGUGUACCCUCCAACCAUGGGCACCCACAAGCUGCAGAUCUUCGCCAAGGGCAACUCUGAAAUCUACAGCUCGGUGCUAGAAUACACACUCAAGUGCAACUAUGUAGACUUCUCUGUCCAGCUGCCCAGUGAGCUCCACCAGCCCGUGGGCCCCAGCUGGUUCUCGGAGCAGAUGGGCAUCACGAAGCCCUCUCACUCUGACCCUAUCAUUCACACCAGCGAUGGCCGCUGCGCCAUCAGCUUUAGCGUGGAAGAGGGCGUCAGUGUCCUGGCAUCCCUUCAUGGCGAUGACGGCCCCAUCACUGAGGAGACACAGCGGCGCUACAUCUUCCAGUUGAACCGAGGGAAGAGGACCGAGCUCAAAGUCCAGCUGCCCCAUGCCGGCAAGUUUGCCCUUAAGAUCUUUGUGAAGAAGAGGCAGGAACAAGGGAACUUCAUCUUUGUCUUCAACUACCUCUUGUGCUGCGCCAACACCAAGGUGAACUGGCCCAUGUUCCCUGAGAGCUUUGGCAACUGGGGACAGGACAAUGAACUGCUAGAGCCUCUCUCCGGUGUGCUUCCCGCCAACCGCAACAUAGCCUUCAAACUAAAGCUGCAUGGUAUCGCCAAAGCUCUGGUGAAAGGACAGGACACGUGGCCCCUCACUCUUAACCCCGAGGGCUACUGGGAGGGCAGCUGCAACACAGCUGGCUGCCAGGAAGUCUACGUCAUGGUGCUAGAGAAUGCUAACCACAACUUCUACAGCUACAUCCUGAAAUACAAAGUGAAUGACCAGUGAGGGGCUGCAUUUCUUCACGGUCCCCCAGGGUUAAGGCCAGCCCUGCCCAGGGAGGGCCCAAGCUAAGAGCAGAGAGCCCAGGACACCACUAAUCUGCAUGAAACCACUUCUAGGCCUCUGCUUCAGUCCCCUCUGCCUCAAUCUCCCUGCUGUGUCACAGGCACUGAGGAAUUUGUGCCGCCAAAGGCUCACUCAAUGUGGCUGUGGAAGAAGAGACAGAGGCCAGGGCCCUCUAGAAGAAAAAGGUGCUAUGUAAAUCCAAGGUAUUGUGAAACGUACACCCCUGCCUGUGCCUGCUCUUGUGUUAGGACUUUGUUGCUGUAGAGCUGAAUGGGAAAGCGGAGGUGUUGCGGGUGCUGAAAGCUUUCCCCACGAUGCCUGCCUGGUGCUUGAGGCUGAAUCUAUGAGAAAGGUGUGCUCCCCCUGCAAGUAACAUGGUGUUUCUCCCCACUACUUCUGGACCCCAGGGAAUGUCGGGCCUGCCCAUCUUCCACAUUCCUAGUGCUCCUAUUAGCUACUUCAUGCUCUUCAAGAGCUUGCAAAGGGGGUGGGUGUAGAAAGCAAACCAGCUGACCCUCAGCCAACUGGAGGCUGCUGUCUCCUGAUGCCUAGCAUCUCUGAGAUGUGCUAAGGGCAGGAAAGCAGCCGUGUGCACAUUCGGAUGUCCUGGCUGGGGACCAGGGAUGGAGUGGGUUUGCAGGUCCAGCAACCCACAUGGAAGGGUGAAGACCCCGAUUCUAUGUGCCUACCAGAGUUUAGCUGAGGGCCUGGAGAUUGCCCCACCCCACCCCCCACCAGCCAUCCUCAGGAGCCUCAAAUGCCUACAUAGCCCACUGGUAGCCUGGCUGAUGACCUGGGCCCUGGGCAAGCAGAUUAGCCCCAGCAGUUAUCAGAUACCAGGGAUAGUGUCUGAUAACAAGAUGUUGCUCCUUCCUUACAAGCCAAACCAAGCUGAGGGGACCACCACCUGCCCCCUAGAGAAAGUGUUGGUCUCUGUCUCUGAGGAAAGCCCUAUCAUAGCCAUUUUCCCUCCUGUCUUUCUCUGAGAUGACAACCCCUGCCCUGAGUUCAACCUUCCUUCCAUUGGGAACAGUUGAGGGCCUCUUACUUGCUCCGGCCUGUCCUAAAAAGCCUGAGCUGCCUAGCUGGCCCUCAGCAGCACCUGAGGCUGGUGUUUCCAUGGCAACAGCUGAGGGGGGAAAAGCAGGCUGCUGCAAACAGGGAAGGCCUGAGGAGAGCCCCCCGACAAGAGGUUCCUGCAGUAGCAUCCCAGUGCACAGAUGUGCUCCAGGAGGGUCCCUACCAAAUUUCAGGGUUCUAGGACUCUGCUCACUGUGCCUGUCUCAGGACCACCCCCCCCCCCAAUCCCUCACUGCUCUCUAAGGAAUGUCCUCAGGCUCAGCUGCCGCCAGAGCCAGCCUGGGAUACUCACAGCCUCUACAGUCAAGUCUUUCCUCAGUAAGAGCCCAUCAGACUCCUUCGAUAAGUGGCUGACCCCUCAUGCUAGAUCCUGGGACUAUAGAGGUGAACACAAAGGACUCAGCCAUAGGCACCCGCAUCUCUGGGUGGGCAGUCUGCCAAGUGGAACCUAUCUGAAGACCUAGGAGCCCAGAACUUCAGCUCUUCAUUCCCUUCUGCCCCUUUCCCACAGGUCCCCACUGCUACCCACCUGAUACCACAUAGCCCCCCUCCACCAGACUGGGUAGCCUCACUUGUGAUUAGCAUGGCUGCUAGGGGCUGAGCUGCCUUGGCUCAUGUCCAGGGUCCUCUGGCAGUCUCAGCCCAUCAGCAUCUUGUCACUCACGCCUGGAAAACGCACCAAAGUGGGGUGGGGUGGGGUGGGAGGUGGCGUUGUCUCCACUACAAGAAGACGGUGGAGUUUGCACUGCCUGGAAACAGCCUUUCCUCACCCCUUUUAUUUUAUGAGCAGUAAGAACUGUGCUAUGUUUUAACGAAAUAGUAAGUGCUUCGGCGGUCCCUGCCACUCGCUAGACACAGCCGCGACAGCCACUGCUAGCCCUGCAGAAAAUGAUCCCCAUGUUUUUUUCAAAACAGCAUAAUUAAUCUAUUCUGGAGCUUGUGGAGGAUGCUACCCCACAAAACAGGAGCUGUCCUCAGCACCAGAGACCCAGACCGAGCCUCUCCCAGCGGCCCGGGUCAACCACACGCUCCGCCCUCCUCAUAUAACCAGGUAGUCCCUUUGUCAAGGCAACUGUAGGUGCACUCGGAAAAACGCCUGCGUUUCUUUUUACUGAAGCAAAGAUACACGAAACCGAAUCCAAUCUUCAUGAAUUUUUACACGCAUGCUGCUCAGCCUGAAAAUUUGGAGGCUGCGUUUUGAAGGCUUUUUAUUCAAAUCCCCCUCUUUGUCUGCUGGUCCACGAGUCUCAUUGGCCGAUCAAAUGGCACGAGCGCCCCCUGGUGGAUCACGUGCGAAGUUGCCACCGCUGCAAACCCCCAAGCUGGCUCUUUUUAUGAUGUUUGUUAAAAAUCACUAGGUGCUUUCUCGUCCCUUGCGGACAAGUUAUGCUGUCUACGGCAUCCACAUCGUGGAUAGUUAUCCUCGUGGUUGAUAUGCCAAUGUCAGCGUUGUCUUGCAGACUGUCAGAAGAGCCUGGGGAGACUUCCCUGGCCUGGCGUGGUGAGAAGAUAGGAUGGGAUUAAGAAUUGAGCAUCUUGCCCAGAAAGCUUUUCCUGAGACAGAAACCCUGGGCACAGGAAUGCCUGUCUGGGGUCGCUGUGAUCACACUCAUUACUAUGGCAAUGACAGGCUGAAACUGAUCAAACUCAGCGUUUUGCCAGGCAGGCCCCAGGAUGGGCGCCAGGGUGCAGAAGGAUGGGGCGUGGUGAGGCAAAAGGGUGCAAUUAAGCUCUUUCAGCUUGCUUCAAAAGUGCCACCAGCUCAGCUGGACUGUUCUCUGUCUGAUUGUGAAUAUUUUGAGUUCUCCAUAUGUUACAUUGUCCCACGAGGACGGACUCCUCCCGGCCCACAGAGAUUAAAGAGACGUAAAUAGAUUAACUGAAGCAUGAAGGAUUUGAGCUAGAUAUAAAGAACCAUUUCCUGUUGUGAAGCAGGAGGGACACGUUGCCAAUAAACUCUCGGCGAAAUUCUCAAAGGACUUGAAAAGGAGAAAAGUUCCCGCAGUGGUCCGGCAUUUUCUUUGCCGUGCUUACUGAAGCGGUUGGGUUCUCCCUCCGCUAACUCGUAACUCUUAAACAGUACUGGUUGGCCGGCAGUAAACACCAGGUUAAUGGUGUGACCAUAUAGCUCACUGUUGUGGGAUUUCAAAGGCCGUUUAUCUGAGGUCUGCCAUUUCCUUUCAUCUGGAGUAAGUAAAGCCGCAGAGGUGACUAUUUCUCCCCGUGUGUGCUGAGUAGUGUGGGCCACUGGCUGUUAAAGAUGCUGUCCUCACAUUGUUGCUGGGGUUCUUUUUCAAUAAAAUUUAUAUUCAUUUUUAUCCAA